AGCCCACCCAAACCCUACUUUGUUAUUCCAAUUCCAAUAGUCAUCGCGCGCUCACGCACGAAUCUUUCUCUUUCUCAGUCUCUCUAAGCUUUCAACUUACAAUACCAACAAAUGGGUAAGUAUAUGAGAAAGGCCAAAACGGCUGGCGACGUUGCCGUCAUGGACCUCUCCCUCGGCGUUCGUACACGCGCUCGAACCCUAGCUCUUCAAAAUGCUUCCAUUUCUCCUUCAACUGGUUCCUCUGCCGGAGCCAGUGGGUCCUACCUCCAGCUUAGGAGCCGCCGCCUCGAGAAGCCGCCCAUUCUAACGAAUGAUUCGGCUAAGCGAGCGAAGCCAGGGCCAGCCAAAGGAAACGAAAAAUGUGCUUCGGAGAGUCAAAAUCAGGACCCCAAUUCGGGUAAUCCCAAUUCGAGCAAUUCGAGGGCUAGGCUGAGGGUGAGUCAAGCGGAUUCUGGGUCUGAUCAAAAGAAAGAUAGUAAUAGUGAUGGAAAUGAAAACGUUGGGAUUGAGGUUGAAGGAGAAACCAACAAGGAUUUGGGCCUUGAAGCUUCUUUUGGGGAAAAUGUUUUGGAGAUUGAAGUAAGAGAGAGAGGCACUAGGGAAUCCACUCCAUGCAGUUUGAUAAGGCAGCCAGAGUCCAUAAGAACCCCUGGUUCUACUACUAGGCCUUCUACUGCUAGGCCUACUGGUUCAAUGGAGGGAAGGGGAGUACAGAAUUCAACUCAGAGACAAAUCCCAACAGCACAUGAAAUGGAUCAGUUCUUUGCAAGGGUAGAAGAAGAGCAAAUAAGACAGUUUGUUGAGAAGUACAACUUUGAUCCUGUUAAUGAUAUGCCACUCCCAGGCCGUUUUGAAUGGGAGAAAAUCAACCCUUAGAAGACUAAUGUUCCAUCAGUAUUUAUUUUCCUGCACAUUCUUGCUGAUCUUGAGCUUAGGAAUAAUGAAGUAGCAGGAAUUAGUCUUAGAUCUAACGUUGAUGGUGUUAUUACCAUUUUCCAUCAUCCUUAUUUUACCUGUAAAGAAAGAAGUAGGGCUGUCAAAGAUAUGUGUAGACUAAUGUUCUGUAACAUAACAGAAGUUGUGAGUUACACAACAUAUACAAACCAAAGUCCUUUGUCUAACAUAUCAUGUCGAGAAGAAAAGGGAAAGCUGGUUUUAGUGUUAGGUUUCAGUCAAUUAGGUCGGUCUUGUCUAUCUGGGUACAGAAAUUUACUGGAUCUUUUUCUUUUUUGUACUGUAUUCUCCCCCUCUCACUUGUCUAUACACUUGUACUGAUGGAACUUAAAAAAAAAAAAAAAAACUAUAUGGAAUAAAAAUGACCCUUUUCUUUAAUA